AUCCGCCCGCCUCCUCCGGAGCGAGGAAUGCACCUGAACCGGAUCCUGCACGGGGAACAAUGGCUGCUGAACGUCGCUCAGCCACCUGUUCCGGGACACACGUUCCCCUGAAAGUUUCGACAAAAAUCAUUUUCCAUUCAUUUCAGUAAUCCCCGUGAUAAACUGUGGCGCACUUAAACUAACAGCGGCUCGUGCAACAAUGGAGGAGUGCUGCCUGCCUGCCGAACAAGCGGAGAAACUCCGAGUACACCGAGAAAUAGAGAAACAGCUUCGUCGUGAUAAAUCAGACUCUCAGCGGGAGUUGAAGUUGCUGCUUUUAGGGACUGGUGAAAGUGGGAAGAGCACUUUCAUCAAACAGAUGAGGAUCAUCCAUGGCAGUGGGUACAGUGAUGCUGAAAGGAAAGGUUUCGCUCGGCUAGUGUUUCAGAACAUCGUCACAGCCAUCCAGGCACUGAUCAACGCCAUGAGGACUUUACAGAUCGACUACAUCGAUGACCAGAAUAUUAGCCACGCACAGAAACUGAGCCAAGUGCAGGCAGACCAGGUGUCCACUUUGGAGGCUUGGCAGGUGGACGCCAUUAGGCGAGUGUGGAAUGACCACGGUGUUCAAAGGUGCUACGACCGCAGGAGGGAAUUCCAGUUAUCUGACUCUGCCAAAUAUUACCUGAGCAACUUGGACAGAGUCACAGCGCAGUUAUACAUCCCCACCCUGCAGGACAUCUUGAGGGUCAGGGUUCCUACUACAGGCAUCAUAGAGUACCCCUUUAACCUCUCAAAAGUUAUCUUCAGGAUGGUGGAUGUGGGCGGUCAGCGUUCAGAGAGAAAGAAAUGGAUCCACUGUUUUGAGAAUGUCACCUCCAUCAUAUUUCUGGCGGCCCUCAGCGAGUACGAUCAAGUCCUUUACGAGAAUGAGAGUGAUAAUCGACUAAAAGAGAGCCUCGCCUUGUUCAAGACCAUCCUUUCUUAUGCUUGGUUCCAAGAGUCCUCCACCAUCCUCUUCCUGAACAAAACAGACUUGCUAGAGGAGAAAAUCCUACACUCACAUUUGGCAACCUACUUCCCCGCCUUCACCGGCCCUCAGUGUGACGCUGAAGCUGCAAAAAAGUUCAUCUUCCAAAUGUACAAGGAGCAUCACAGAGGGCACCCCAAACCCCUUUACAAACACAACACCUGCGCCACAGACACAGAGAACAUUCGGGUCGUCUUUAAAGCCGUCAAAGACACACUUUUCAGAGACAACCUUGCAAAGUUCAACCUGGAAUAAGGAGGUUGCAGGCCAAAGCUGUGCUUUCACCUUUGGGAGGACAGAUUUUUGUUAUACAGUCACAGACAGCGCUUUUAUGGGCAUUUUAUCUGUUGUGUGCUGACUGUUAUUCAAAGGCAUGAAAGAGAGACAAUAAGAAAGUGUCAGGAAAAGGACAUUUUUCUCAGCACUGUUGUAAAAUUUCCAGUAAGUGGUAAAAAAGCAUAGUUGCUAUUGCUACAGAAGAGGAGAGGGCAGCUGCAAUACCUGUUAAUUGAGCUGGUACAGAGGGUUUGUUUAUAGACAAUGGGUAAAUAGUAUCAAACGGGUUAGACAAACUCUUAGACUAAGAAUGCACCCCACCCUGCCUUACAGCUCCAGGAGGAGGAAGUAAAAGAAUAGCCUACCGGGAACCACUAUGCCUUCACUUGUAUUUAUGUAAAUGUGUGUGUGUGUGUGUGUGUGUGUGUUAGAAAGAUAUUGCUCGACCCUCCCUCCACCAUUAAUAACCUUUUUUUGUAUUCAUGAAAAAUGUCGGUAAUAUUGGAACCACUGCAAUGAGCAAACAGCACAGGACUGAGAGUAACCACCAAUUAAAACAGCUACUUUCUUAAGCAAACUGCAAGUACAUCUCAAAAAUGAUGUGUUGAUGGACCGGCAUAAAUUAGUAAAUUUGACUAUUUUGGCUAUGAGAAAUGGUGUAUGUAUAAUUUAAUAUAAUGAUAUUGCUAUAAAUAAUCUUUGUAUUUUAAUUUGAAAUGUGUUUUGGCAGCGCAUGUAAAAAUGUCCCUGCAGAUAAAACAUUGAAAUUGAAUCGAAUUGAAAUUGACUUUAAAAUCUGCCAGAAGGUUUUGGGGUUCAAAUUGUAUUUAAACAAAAUAUACAACAAUUCAGUUUAAAGUUAUGUCUUCCCCAAGCCAAAGUAAAAACUCAAGUCUGUCCCCACUGCUUAAAAAAAUAUUUGACGUGCCUCCCUGAUUUUGUAACCCCCCACCCCUAUAAGGGAACUAACAGUCCCUAAUUUGUGUUUUUAGCUAACAGGAUUAUGCAUCAGUCCGUCUCUUUCUUGUAACUUUGCACAGAACU